AUGAGGAAACCAGUGAUGCGCCGCUGCUCAGUCAUUGUUCAGCCCUCACUGAAUGGGAAGCCAUACUUCAUCUAUUUCUGCAAUUCGCUCUGUUUAGAUGGUAUCCCGCGGAUGAACGUAAUACGUGUUUGCAAAAGAAGAAACCCAAAAUUAUUUAUUAAUGCUGAAAAAAAGCAAACAGCUUUGGUUUGUGUUCCGGGAUGUGAAAAAGGGCGUUCACUAUGAACUGAGCUGAGCUCCCUUCAUUCCAGCUGAACUGAUUCCGUGACACCAACACGACCUUCGGUUCGCCAUCUUCAGCAUUAUUUAACAUUUUUUGCUCAUUAUGUAAUGAAAUACUACCGCUGCAUCUUACAGUAGGCUCUUUAACGGGUCGAGCCCCUCCCGUCCCGUACACAGUAGGAGCCCAGUGGGCAGGUGUGUGCGCGUGCGCGUGCGCGACGCUAUGACGUGAAACUGGGUGGCCGACAUUCCUCAGAAGGGUGCAGGUGUCUGCGUGCUGGCACAUCUGACUCACUGAUCGUGGGAUUUUUGAAUGCUGGUCUCAUAUGCUUGGUAAAGGUAUUACUGCGUUAAACAAGACAGCUGCCCACAUAGGAGCCAUGGAAAACAAGGAGGAGCAGGUACAGAAAGCCAAACUGGCAGAGCAGGCUGAGCGCUAUGAUGAUAUGGCUGCGAGCAUGAAGCUGGUGACAGAGCAGGCUGAAGAGCUCAGCAACGAAGAGCGGAACCUGCUCUCUGUUGCCUACAAAAAUGUGGUGGGGGCUCGGAGGUCCUCCUGGAGGGUAGUUUCCAGCUUGGAGCAGAAAUCGGAUGAUGACAGCAAGACCCAGAUGGCCAAGGAAUACAGGGAGAAGGUUGAGAAUGAGCUGAAUGACAUCUGCAAAGAAGUCCUGAAACUGCUCGACGAACAUCUGAUCCCCAAAGCAAAACCAGCGGACAGCAAAGUCUUUUACCUGAAGAUGAAGGGAGACUACUACCGCUACCUGGCUGAGGUGGCCGCUGGGGAUAAAAGAGAUGAUGUAAUCACAAAAUCCAAAGAUGCCUACAAGAAUGCCUUAGACAUUGCCAAAGGCGAUAUGCAACCUACACAUCCCAUCCGUCUAGGCCUCGCCCUGAAUUUCUCUGUCUUCUACUAUGAGAUUGUCAACUCACCUGAUGAGGCCUGCCGCCUGGCGAAAGAGGCCUUUGAUGAUGCCAUCGCUGAGCUGGAUAGCCUCAGCAGUGACUCCUACAAAGACAGCACCUUGAUCAUGCAGCUGCUCCGUGACAAUCUGACCCUCUGGACGAAUGACGCCCAGGGUGAGGGUGAUGGUGAGCAAGAGGAAUCGGAGCAGGUAGCCGAGAAGAACUGAACUUCGGAGGAAAUAAAUAAACAGAAACACACAUUUUUUACCUCUCACCAGCCUAAGUUGUGUGUGUGGUUGUGUUUGCACAUACAUGCACAGAUAUGUAUGUUUACACUCCACUCACAAUGUGUAAAGUACAGUAUGUGUGUGCAGAUACAUUGAAGUGUGUGUGCGUGUGUGUGUUAAUUGUAUGAGCACCUCCACAGAAAAAAAAAAUGGAAUAGAUCAUUUUGUUUUGGAGCAUUACUCAUCAAGUGAACCAAUGGAUGUUUAUUUUUAUUUAGACUUUUUGUCCAUGGUGUAGUCCAGAUUAAAUCCCUCCUUUUAGAUCAAAAUCAGACCCAUACUGACCUUUUUUCACUGUAGCAUUAUACUGCUGUUUCAGGACAAAACACAAAAACAAUUGACUGUAAUUUUGAUAACUUGUGUGUUUUUACUUGAACUUUACAAAACAGCUUUGAAGCAUGUAAACUGUAUAAAACGGUCACAGCUGUGUCAAUUCACAAAAUUUUAAGUCUGAUCUGAUUAGAUGAUACAGAUGGCAGAAUUUCCCUUAGAUCUAUUUCCACAUUGCUUGUAUCCAUCCAACCCCGUCAGUGUCUGGUUUAGCAGGUAGUGUUUUUAUAGAUGGUACAUGUCAUGGCUCAUUGGGUUUAAAUGUGCAUUCAGGCUAAAAAUUAAAAAAAAAAAGUUUUCUGUGUGAAUGGCUACGUACGGAAACUGUAGUUUUUGGUUGAGAGGAUUUACAUUCCAUCAUACUGACGUCUUCACUUCCAGUGAAACCUGUAGACUGUAUAAUUUCCUGCAAUUUCCCGGAACACAUGACAAGGUAUAGACAGCCUAAGAUAAAGUGAACAACUUGACAUAAUGGCUCGAUACUGUAACUUUUUGAUAUUUUUAUCUUUUCAGCAGUGCGGAGGAUACUUUUGCCAUAUGCGCUUGUAUGUGGCUUUCUACACUUUUUCUAUUCAGGUGUUUUGUAUUUUCUUUUUGUGUAUUUUAUUCCCUUUUACUCUUGAGUUGACUCCUGGAAUGUACAUGGUUCUCAGUAGUAUGGUGUGAGGGUUAGCUGUGCUUUGAAACUGGCAGGGUUUUUUUUUUUUUGCAUAGGAUAUAGCUUGGACCAGGUGGUUUACAGUAACUUUUACCUUCCUUCAAAGAACCUUAAGAAAAAGAAAACUUACUAAAACAGUGCUAAAUAUAAACUGAUUAUUAAAAGUAAGCUAGUAGAAAGCUACGUAUUGACCAUUUAGUAGUUACAAAGUAGUGCCAGUUUCUUCUAACUACAGUUUCUUGGUUUUUAAAAGUUGGGAUGCAGGAUUUGGAAUUUGCAAGUUACAUCUUGAGUACGUUAUUUGGUUAUGUGCUUUCAUGUUAAGUGGAAUUAAAACAUUAAAAAUCAAGUGUUCUGUG